AUGACUUCAAGUACUACAAAUUAUGUCCCAUUAAUCACUUCAUUAGGUGCUAAAGUAUCUUCAUACUCUGUUAAAUUAGCUACUCAAACAACAACUCAAAAAGAUGUUCAAGCUACUUAUCAAAGUAUGCAAGCCUCGUUUGGUCUAUUAUCAAAUCAAGCUAUAAUUGCAACUGCAACUCAAUCUCAAGCCGUGGCAAGUGCAAGUGCUGCUAUUGGUGAAUAUCAAGGUACGCUAAAACAAAUUUUUGAUGCACAAAAUCAAUAUGGUGAAAUUCCUUCAAUUGGUGGUAAUUUAACUUAUCUUGUUAUAUUUGCAAUUUUAUUUUUAUCACAAAGUUUGAUUAGUUCAUGGUAUAAACAAUGGUGGUUCUUUGUUGCAAUGUUUUGUGGGUUAGCAUUAGAAACUAUGGGGUUUUUAGGUAGAUUUUUAUCUCAUGAUGAUGCUACCGUAGAGGAUUAUUUCCUUUUACAAAUCAUUGCAUUAACAAUAGCACCAGCAUUUAUAAUGGGUGGUAUUUAUAUUUUAUUGGGGAAAUUUAUUGUUGUUUAUGGUCCAAAAUUUGCUGUGAUGAGACCUAUAUUAUAUUCAUAUUUAUUUAUGAUUUGUGAUUUUAUAUCUCUUGUUAUUCAAGCUAUUGGUGGUGCUUUAGCCGCUAGUGCUGAAACUAAAAAAGAUAAUGAAACUGAAUAUCAGGGGAAAUUUAAUCAAAAUCCUGAUUAUAUUAAAUUAAGAUCAAGAACAUUAUUUAAAAUUUUCCCAUUUGCUGUGGCAUUAUCUGUACUUUUUGUUUAUAUUCGUUGUGUUUAUAGAUUAAUUGAAUUGAUUCAAGGUUGGUCUGGUUAUUUAAUUACUCAUGAAAUUUAUAUGUUUUUCCUUGAUGCCCUGAUGAUUGCUUUGGCUACUUUUGUUUUAUUAAUUUUCCAUCCUGGUAUUGCUUUUAAUAGUCGUAAAGUUACAAUUAAUGUUGUUGGUACAAAAAAAUCUGGAAAGACUAAAAAAGAGGAAUUGGCAAAACAAGAUGAUGAAGGAAUAAAUGAUCAAAGUUUUGAAGAUCAAAAUGAUUUUGAAAAACAAAAACAACAAGGUACAAUUGAAUAUGAUGGAACAAAUCCUGGUGAUUCUUCAACAAAUCAAAAUAAUAGUUAUGUUGAUGAAAAACCUGAUACUGAUUAUGAAGAUGUUUCAUUACAAAAUAAUAGUUUAAAUUCAAAUAAUAAUCCAACAAAUCAAGAUUAUUCACAAUUUACUAAUGCUAGAGAUGAAUCAUGGAGAGAUAUUAGACAAGCUAGUGAAAGAAGAGAUUUUACACAGUCAUGA